AUGACAACAGAAGCCCUUCAAUCAAAUAUUGAUGAUCAAGAAGUGAAAAGUGAAGAACCGGUUACAUCAACAGCAACAACAACAACGACAGAAGAUGCAUUACCACAAAACGGCUUUUCAACGACUAAUAAUAAUUCUAAUGACUUGACUAGCGUCGAUACAACGAGAGCACAAUCGCCACCAGUGCAUCAGUCACCAUCAGAAACACUAGUUAAUAAAAAUGAUUUGGAACCCGAAGCUUUGAGGAAAAUCUUCAUUGGUGGUUUGAGUUAUAAAACUGAUGAUGAACAGUUUCGCGAGCAUUUCGCGAAGUAUGGUGAUAUCUUGGAUUGUAUCAUUAUGCGCGACAGAGAGGGCAGAAGCAGAGGCUUUGGUUUUGUUACAUAUUCAACGUCGGCAAUGAUCGAUAAUUUGAUGGCAAACAGACCGCAUGUAUUGGAUGGGCGUGAAAUUGAACCAAAAAGAGCUGUACCAAGGGAAGAAACAAGCAAACCAGAAAGUGCACUAACAGCAAAAAAAUUGUUCGUUGGUGGAAUUCGAGAUGGAAUAAAUGAAACGGAUUUAAGUGCGUAUUUUACAAAAUAUGGAAAUGUUAUUGAUUCUGUUGUUAUGAAAGACGCGAUGGGCAAACAAAGAGGAUUUGGCUUUGUUGAAUUUGACGAUUAUGAUCCGGUAGAUAAAGUUGUUUUGGAAAAACAUCAUGUUAUUAAUGGCCAAGUAAUCAAUGUCGAAAAGGCAUUACCCAAAGAUCAAACGGGCAAGGGUAGUAGAGGAAUGGGAGGAAACCGAAAUCGUGGUGGUCCCAAUCGCUCUAAUUAUGGAAACAACGACAGUUACGGUCGAAAUACUCGAAAUUCAUUUGGUGGUGGAUAUGGUAAUCAUCAAAAUAACAACAUGAUGGAUAGAGGAGGAAAUUUUGGCAAUCCAAAUAUGAAUAAUUUUGGAGGAAAUCAACAAGCACCUAUCGGUGGCUAUGAUACUGGAUUUAGCGCCAGUUUUGGUGCUUUUGGGCAACCGCCAACAGUGGGAAUGAAUAAUACGGGAGAUGGUGGCUUUGGUCAACACUAUCAAAAUGACAUGUCUAGCGGACCAAUGAGAAGAGGAGGUCCAGGUGGAAAUCGAGGGUCUCCGUAUGGUGGUCCAAAUCGUGGUGGUGGCCGAGGACGUGGUGGUCGUUAA